CGGGCAGGCCGAGGAUGGGCGCGGAGCGGCAGCGCAGGGGCUGGACCAUGGGGGGGACGAGGCUCGUCCUGCUGGCGCUGCUGCUGGCUUCCUGCAGCGAGCCUGCGGCGGCCCUGCAGUGCUACAGCUGCCCGGAGCCCACGGGGGCGUCCAGCUGCGUCACCGUCGCCACCUGCAGCGCCAACGAGACCGUGUGCAAGACCACACUCUACUCCCUGGAGCUGGUGUACCCCUUCCUGGGGGACGCCACCGUGACCAAGUCCUGCGCCAGCAAGUGCGUGCCCUCGGACGUGGACGGCAUCGGCCUGACGCGGCCCGUGUCCUGCUGCAACACCGAGCUGUGCAACGGGGCGCCCGCCCUGGGCGGCCCGGCCCUCGCCCUCGCCCUCGCCGCCCUCCUGAGCCUGCACCUCUAGAGCCCCCCUCCCCACCCCCCCACCCCGAGUGCCUCG